AUGUGUAGAGACGAGGUCGUGCAUUGGCUCUGUGGCCACUUCCUCCGCGCAUUCGCACCGUGCCAGAAUGCCAUCCCGCGCGAUGGUGACAAAGCCGUCGGCAGGGAUGGGGAGGAUGUGCACGCGGCGACCGUCGUGCCACACAAUACAUUCUCCAAAGGCAAUGCCCUCUUCCUUCCCUGCGCCAACUGUGAGACGCGACAUGUACGGAACCCCGUCGAGAUCCCCUUUUGCAUGUUCCCCUCGUGUGUCCCCAACUAUUGGACGUGCUGCACGUGCCAGAUCCUAAUGCCUUUUGGCAGCCAGAGCCGCAGGGACAACGGCAAACGGUCGGUGUCGUCGUCGAGCCGGCUUCGGCGGUGGGCGCCGUCGUUGGGGGUGCCCGAGGACAACCACACGCUGCAGACGGGCCAUGUGUGUGGCGACAGCCUGCACGAGGACAGCGAGGACGCGCAAGCGGAUGUGCCACGUCUCCAUCCCAUGGCCACGACACCUUUGAUGUGUGUCGAUGGUUUAUGUGGGUGUGGGCCCGAUGGUGGCCGCCACGGACACGCCGUCAACGAUGAUGCUGGCCCUGCAAUCUCUCUCUCCGACCUACGCGAGAUCCUCGACGAGAUGGGCGACACCGUCGGCCCUCUCCUCGGCGACAUGCCCGAGACCCCGAACCCUGGCUGCGGCCACAUGCGGUGCGACAAGUGCAUACCCUGGAGGCGGUGCCCGUGUUGGUGUCUGUGCCCGUACCUCAUCCCCAGUACGCGCCGGAGCUGCUCCGUGUGCGUGCGGUCCAAGUGUGCUGCAAAUGACCAGAACGGUCUCCGUGAGUACAUUCAAGAGAGGAUUGUGAAGGAGCGGGAGCAGCAUACGGAGAUUGAGUAA